GCAUUGUCACUUUGUAACAAGGAGAGGUGUUCUAAAAUAGAAUGGGCCGGCUGGUUGGAAGGAGAACACCCCUUACUAGGACCCAGUUCAAUUGAACCAGCCUUUAUUGAGCGCGCACUAAAUGCCUUGGUCUGGAGGAAAACAAGGAAUAGGAUUUUGGAGGCCAUUAUGUCAAGGGACUCAAAGAAACCCUCAGCACCCAGCCAGGAGCCGAAGACACCGUCGGGCCAAAAGCUGAAGUUUCCACGCCCUCCCCUGUCCCAGUCGUGGAAGCGGGACCGCGAGCAGACCCUGGUGGCGGCCUACGUGCCGGUGGUGGUAGACCCGAAGGGGCAGAGCCUGGACAAGCUUAGGUUCAAGUUCUACACCUCCCAGUACUCCAACUCCCUGAACCCCUUCUACACCCGGCAGAAGCCUACCUGUGGCUACCUGUACCAGAGGGACAUGGACCACACCCGCAAACGCUUUGACGUGCCUCCUGCCAACCUGGUCUUGUGGCGCUCCUAGGUCCCUCCCAGUCGGGAGACACCACCUGCACCCUCCCCCGCCACAAUCCUGGGUCCAGGAGGGGAGGGGCACCUGCUCCAGGAGGAGCAGACCAUGCCCGGCCUGAGACAGCUGUGCUGCGCCCAGUGGCAAAGGGAGGUCUCUGUUCUCGGCAGCAAUUAAAGUUUGUCCUUCCUUUC